CACGCCUACAACUGGCGUACACCCAAACAAUGUCUGCCCCGGAGAAGAAAUUAGUUCGCUCGAAGAGUGGUUUGCGGAUGGUUCCUGUUAACUACAUGCAUUCCAGUCCUUUCACAGUUAAUGAACCACCCUGGGUGCCAGAUAAUGAGUGUGUCGUGUGUAUGAACUCCUCAUGCAAAGCCAAGUUUGAUUUUCGCAGAAGAAGGCAUCACUGCCGCAGGUGUGGGCGGUGUUUCUGUAGCUCCUGCUGCGAUUUCAAAGUGCCUCUGAACCGCAUGUGUUUCGUAGACCCAGUCCGUCAGUGCAAUGUUUGUGUCGAGAUUAGCCGCAAGGAAAAUGAUUUUUUUGAUAAACACCUGAAAACUCUGUGCAAUGGUGGUGACUUUGUGUUAAAAGAGUCAGGAGAUGAGAUAGACGAUUCUUGUUCGACAUUCCGUUGUAAAUUAUCUACAGAUAACAGAACUGUCACGUUUGACAGUAACCAUGACAAACACCAGCCAAUACAGAUGGAGAAGUUGGAGUCUGUUCAGAUUCUCACCAAUGGAGUGGACGCUGAAGGAAAUAUGGUGGCAACUGGCAUAGCCAUGAAGUAUAACAGUCACAGUUUAGACAAAAAUAUGGUAAAACUGGUCAUUAACCCCUCGAGCACCAACAAACGUGAGGGUCAAAUGUGGAUAGCCGCUAUGCAGAAGGCGUUCAAACUGAUACAUGAAGCACGGAUGAUGGACAGACCAUGAGAGAAGAUAAGUUAUGAAACAAAAUCACCAUGUUAAAGAAACAUAUGGCAGACAUUGACAUAAACGGUUUUGAAAGAAAAAAUGUUUUCCAGAUUAAAAUGUUAAUAUAAUUUAAUAACGAUGUAAAUGCCUUAUAUGCAGCAAAAGUGCUUAUAGCAGGGACUGGUUUUGCAAACAAAGCUUAUUUUAAGGAAUCAAUUCCAGAACUUUUUAUCUGGUACUGAAUAUGAUUCAGUAAUGUGAAUGUGACUUCCAGAUUUGAAAUAUGUUAUAUAUGGCACUUAAUGACUAUCCAGAUUGACAAAAUUGCACUAUUCUUUGGAACUCCAAGUCAACAAAAACAAUAUUGUCACAAAAGUCUGAAUUGUUGUGAUUUGAUUACAAUAUACAUUGUAUAUACCAAUAUUGACAAAUUAUUUAGAGAAAUAGACCAUUUCACACUAAUUUUAAUGGUUGUGUUGGGAUAUAUAUAUAUAUAUUUUUUGUUUUUACAAUAAUCUAUAAUAAGUUGAAGGUAGAACACUGGGUCCUCAUGCUUUUUCUACCUAAAUUUUACUGCAGCCUGUGUUUGUAUGAAUUGGAAAAAUACAGUAACAUUUGUAUUAAUUAAAUUUCAAGAAAACAUUUUUCUUCAUCUUUUUAAGGCAGGAAACAUAUUUUGCUUAUUUUUUUUGCAAGGGGAAGCUGUCCAUUUUCGCAUGUAUUGAUAACAUACUAGUAAUUCUGAAUCAUUCCUACAAGAUAUUUUAAGGGAGAUAACUAUAGUAAAUAUCAUAGAUAAACUCUAACACAAAUAAAAAUACCACCAUACCACUGCUAAAAACUGUAAUAAACUAUUUUUUCGGACAUGACUGUAGCUUUGAUAGUUCAUUUCUGAAAUAAAAACGAUACCUUGCUGGACUUUCAUGAGAAAUGAUGAAGAUGAAAUGAACAAAACAUAAUCAACAUCAGUGUUAUGAGUGUAAAACAAAUCAGCAGGGCUAGACCAGGAUUCGAACCCUGGACUUCAGAUUGAUAGACUAUCUCUCUAACCAAUUGAGCUACCAGGUCAACAGAAGUGUCCAAGACCAACUGUGUUACUGUUAUAGCCAGAGGAAAGUUAAGGGGAGGCUACUGUUUAUAGGGGAAAAAACACAGUGCAGUGGGACAGGAACCCUUAAUGACUGUGAUGUUUAUGUUUUAGUGGUUUGUAUACACAGUCUUUGUCGAUCACCAAUGAAACGUCAUGCACAAAUUUCAGCACAUGUUGAAAACUAUGUCGUUACACUGAAAUUAAUUACGUUGAUAAGUGCACAAUUUUGAAGUGAAAAAAUACACUUCGAAAUCUGUAAGAAACUUUACUUUUUGAAAAAAAUAAGGACAGUACGAAGAAGUAAAAUGGUAAUGAUUUUGACUUUAUUUGUCCAUGUGGUUCAGUAUUAUUUGUCUUGGUGGUAUAUCUAUUUCAUUGAACACUACAGUUAUAUCAUUUAAAAUAUUAUAUCUACUAAUAUAGCAUUGUAUCUUUGUACCAAUAUAUCAUAAUGUCUGUCUCUCAAAUACAGAUGAACAGACUUAUUUUUAAUAGAUUGUCUGCCAGAUGACAUUACCUCCCUUUGAUAUAAUUUUCAGGAAUUACCUCCCUUAUACAUUAUUUUAAAAUGGUUAAAUUUUUAAAGUGAGCAAAAUUCAGAUGAUAGUUACAUACAAAAACAUUUUAGACAUGAUAGAUAUCUUUGACACAAUAAGAUUCAUUGUGCAAUUGCCUGCAUUUCAAAGACAGGUUCCUGUUGUUUUUUUUGUAUUUUGGGGCAUUUUUAUUGUGUUUUCCAUGUUAUUAUGUUAAAAAUGACCAAAUCAUACACAAGAGUUCACAAUAUUAAGUAAUCUCAUUGUAUUUGAUGUGUUUCUCUAUCCCAUCUCAAUGGGUUGUAAGCUUGCCAAUGCUAUUUAUAGUUUCUUUGUGUUCUAUCGGAUUGGUCUACUUUAAAUUUCUAACACAAAGGAUUACAGAAUUUACCUGUAUCUCAACAGGUUCAACAAAUAUACACAAAUACUACAAAAGGGUAGCAUUAACUAAAUCAAAUAAAGUGUAUCAAUAUUGUAAUAGGUGUUAUUAGAUUGACUUAACUCAUUUACCCCUGAAAUGUCAUACUGUAUAAACUUUAUUUAUUUUACAACAAUUAUGAAACAAGUUAUUUCAACUUAUAUUAAUCACUCUUGUUGGCCCCGAUGUUAGCCGGCGGAGGGUCUAAAUGUGGGAGGAAACCGGAGUACCCGGAGAAAACCCACGUGGUCGGGCAGGUUACCCUAUACCUUUGUCAUAAUGAACUAUUCCAACCUUUGAAUUGGAAGAGUUCAAAUGUGUCUUCAGGGGUGAAUGAGUUAAUGUUAGCUUUAUGCAGACACUGUACUUAUCAUUGGGCAUGCCUGGGCCGGAAACUUUUUUAGUUUCUUUUUUGUUUGAAAUUUCUGUCAUUGGCGAUAUUAGUGUAAAAAAACCCAAAGAACAUCUCUGAUACAAGGAAAAUAACAAUAAUGUUAAACAUUAUUCUAACAAUUUAAUAUUAAAAUUGAAUGACAAAUAACUGUUAUUAAUAAAAGUGUUCCUGUGAUUUAAAUUGAAAUAUUAUUAAGAGAUUAUUUUCUCUAGUCGAAGACUGGGGAUAUAUUUAAUACUAUAAUUGUUAUGUUUUCAAAAUGUUUUGUUUGUAAAUAUUUGUAAAUAGUUCUAUGAUGUGUUAGAUUUUGUUUGUAACACACUACAUACUGAAUACAUAAAUAAUAUAGAUGUUCUAAUUUGAUUUUUUGUUGACUACACAAGGGACUUCGAGUUAAAGGAGUUUCGUUAUUUCUGAAUUACAGUUUAGGACCGGCAAACUAUUAAAAAAGCAGUUUAUGUUACAAUGUUUCUCUAUUUCUGAUGCAUUUUAUGUAGAUUUUUUCAUAAAGUCAAUUUAAUGCAUGACUGCCAGUUUGUUUGUACCUGUUUAAGACAUUAGAAUAUAAUACACUGUAUAGAAAGUAUUAACAUUGUAUGUAUAAAGAUAUUUGUGAUCGUGAAUCAUAAUGUUACAGAAUAUUGAUUUGAAUGAAAGCUGGUCAGUUCUGGUCUACUUUUCUGGUUUCACAAAUAUGAGGUAUGAAUCUUACAUUUCUAGUGCUAAUUAAGUCAAAAAGUUCAUCUGUCAGUAGAAUUCUUGUUGGGAAGAGGAUAGGUUUGUUAUUUCAAUCAAUGAGAUUCCAAUGCGGGAAUUUGAAAUAAUUGUUUUAUAAUACAAAUGUAGUUUGCAUAUAUCUUGCUUCCUGCCUAAUAUUUCAGAAUGAGAUGCUUUUAUUGCAUAAUACUUUUAUAUAUGCUUCCUGUAGCGUUUUGACAAUAUAAUUUGUCUUGUUGUAGUUAAAUUUUGUAAAAGCUUGCCAAGGUCUCAAUAUAUUUCCUAUAUUAUGUUACACAAUGGGUAAGGGUAGCUUAAAUACUAGUAAUGUAUAUAAACUAGAAGACUGAGUAGUUGAUGCUUUUGCCAAUUUAUAUGGGUUUAUCAGGCAUCUAAGUGCCGACCACACGGACACUAUUUAAAUUAUUUCUAUAGAAAUAUAUGUCUGUAGUGGUUCUUCUAAAUGUCAUGUCUCAUUUUUCAGUUAAAAUGUGAUAUAAAGCAAAACGUGACAUCAUCAGAAAAAAUCGAUUUCUGUAAGGUUAUUUUUUCUUAUAUAAAGGAAGCUUAUGUAUAUGUGUCUUUUUGAAAAAACAUAAGAUUUAGAAUACUACAUCAUAGUUCCACAGAUUAAUCACUUGCCUCCUCUUCAACAGUCGUUUGGGCUGCUGAAUUACACUAAAACCUCUAUGUAGGCUGUUAAAGGCCAUUUUCUAUUUGUCUAUAAAGUCAAUAUUUUAGGUAAUAUGUCACACAACUGACAAUACAACAUAAUAUUGAGAGGAGUUCUUUUCAAAUCACAUAUUCAACAAACUAAAUCAUAUAUGAUAUAAAGAAUGUGAGAAAAUAUUAUAUUAACCAGAUUGACAUUGGUCAACAACACAAUAAGUGGAAUCUGUAAAGUAAAAAGUUAUUUUCUCUUCAGUCUUUAGUAAGAAGAGAUGGUUAUCAGGCGUGUCUGUUGGAGUAGCAAGGGACCAUGUUUCAUCGACGAAUCAUUACCAGCCUAUUGUUAUAAUUAUGUACUGGAAAUUUAAAUCAUAUAAUGUUUGUUAUGUAACCACAUGUGGCUUUAGGGACAGCAGGGAGAGGGGAUGGUUCAUGUUGUAUUUCAGUUUGUUUUGUUGUCACCUCCGUUCCUGUAAUUGUGUGUUAUUUAAAUAUCAAUUGUUUAUUAUUGUUUUGUUAUGUCCUGUUGUUAAUUAGUAUUCUUUUUGUAAGUAACCUUUUUAUAGUAACAUAUUGCCACUAAGUUACCACAUUGUCUUUCAAUAGAGGUUGUGUAGCAUAAACCGAUAGUCUGUUCACGUCAGAACAAUAUAAAUAUGUAUAGCCUUGUAUUUUUCAGCUCUCCAGCUAUGCCAGAUAUCGUUGUCAGGGUUGAAUACAUAGUUCACCUUUUUGAAUCAUACAUUAUGCCUUCAAAGCUGAUAGUUAUUCUGGCAUAGCAGCUACAAAAUACAACACUAUCUUAUAAAUAGAACUGGCAUAGAAGCUACAAAAUACAACACUAUCUUAUAAAUAGAACUGGCAUAGCAACUACAAAAUACAACACUAUCUUAUAAAUAGAACUGGCAUAGCAGCUAGAAAAUACAACACUAUCUUAUAAAUAGAACUGGCAUAGCAGCUAAAAAAUACAACACUAUCUUAUAAAUGGAACUGGUAUAUCAGCUACAAAAUACAACACUAUCUUAUAAAUAGAACUGGCAUAGAAGCUACAAAAUACAACUCUAUCUUAUAAAUAGAACUGGCAUAGCAGCUACACAAUACAACACUAUUUUAUAAAUAGAACUGGCAUAGCAGCUACAAAAUACAACACUAUCUUAUAAAUAGAACUGGCAUAGCAGCUUCAAAAUACAACACUAUCUUAUAAAUAGAACUGGCAUAGCAGCUUCAAAAUGCAACACUAUCUUAUAAAUAGAACUGGCAUAGCAGCUAAAAAAUACAACACUAUCUUAUAAAUGGAACUGGUAUAGCAGCUACAAAAUACAACACUAUCUUAUAAAUAGAACUGGCAUAGCAGCUACAAAAUACAACACUAUUUUAUAAAUAGAACUGGCAUAGCAGCUUCACAAUACAACACUAUCUUAUAAAUAGACCUGGCAUAGCAGCUUCAAAAUACAACACUAUCUUAUAAAUAGAACUGGUAUAGCAGCUUCAAAAUGCAACACUAUCUUAUAAAUAGAACUGGCAUAGCAGCUACAAAAUACAACACUAUCUUAUAAAUAGACCUGGCAUAGCAGCUUCAAAAUACAACACUAUCUUAUAAAUAGAAACAUGGUAUGAUGUACUAUGUAUCAGAUGAAAAAUAAAGAGAAAAGAGACUUCUCAUUUUUAUUGUAAGGCUAAAUUCAGGGUAGUGCCUUCCACAUUAUCUAGUGUACUGGACAAGAAUUUUGAUACUUAGCUUCCUCCGUGUCUUGUAUACUGAACAAGAUUUUUGGGUAUUCCCUUCCCCACUUUCUAGUACACUGAACAAGGUAUUUUGGAUUCUGAGCAAAGAAAUACUGAAUUAAUCUGUCUUAAAAACAAAAAAAGGCAUACUAAUGUUCAGUACAAGUAAUGAACUUGUGUAAACAAGUAAUAUACAAACUAUGUGUAUUUAGGCACAAUUUGUAUAUAACUUUUUUUUUCUUGAAUCAAAUUUGUUUGAUUUCGACAAUGUUUAUCAUGUAGCAUUCAUGCAUAUUGUGUACAUUAUUUUCUUGUGUUUAAAAUGGCAAAGUAAUAACUUGAUAGCAAAAUUAUUUACUGUUUGUAUUAAUCAUCUUAAUGGGUAGCACAACGUUGUAAUUUUGAUGUUAAGUAUAGAUACAAAGAUUUAUGAUAAUGAUAACGAUAACAAAUUAUCAAUAAAACUGAAUUAGAGUUUGAGAUCUAUUCUGUGGGUACCAUUGAUAAAUAAUUCAGAAAGCUUACAUAUAGGAGAAACAUCUCUAUAAAUCAUUCUUGAUCCAAUAAGAACAAUGUACGAUUUUGUA